CAGGUUUGGAAUUCUGAUGAGCAUGAGGAUUUGCAGGUUAUUGUGGUCAUAUCGCGCCCGCCUAUCAAAGUGUGAGUAUUCAUUGCUUGAAAAAAUUUGUUACAAUCAUGAAUCUUUAUAGAAUUGUAUCAGUUGUGUAAUUUUUUUUUUGUCAGAACUCAGAAUCGAUCUUCAGAAGGUUGUUAGACAUGCUAUAUGUAUACUUCUGUACCUGAUUACACCUGUAAAUCUUGAACAUUUUUAUGAAGGGUAAUAAUGUUUCUGAACGUUGAUGGCAUUUCUUGUAGGUUUUUCUACGAUGACUGGAAUAUGCCUCACACGGCUGCAAAACUGCAGUUCCCCAUCUUCUGGGACGAGGAAUGCUUAAUUGCACCUAAAGAUGAACUCUAGGCUAUAAACUGCAUAUUGUUGUUGUCAUCUUUGUUCAAGGUGCAGGCUGUAAUUGCAAUUUCUUGCCCAAUGUUCAGAAUAUGUACCUGAUAGCUUCUGAAAUAAGGGACACUACUUCACAAUGUUUCCAUGAUAACAAUGCUUUUAUCGAAUCAUUGAUUAAAAAUAAUUUCUCAAUUUUUCAUCCUAAACAUCUGAUCUGAGCUUAGUAGCUUUACAGUUUAACAUGGUUGAAAAUGUAACAGAAACAUUCAGGUAGCAACAGGCACACUGAUUCAGUAGAAAAAUAGCACACACAAAAAAAAAACUACUGAAGACACUAGCAAAGUAGCAAGAGAAAGCUACUAUUCUUUUAUUUUACUUUUUAAGGGGAAAAGUUCACAUCUCUCUGCGUGUGGGCCCAUGAUUGUGUGGGGCCCAUUGGUCAUCGAUUUAUUUUGGAGUAAGGGGAAAGUUAAUUUCUACUGCAUUUCUCAGUUUUCGAGAGGUCUAGAAGAAAAGAGAUGGAGACUAGAACUGGACCAACUGCCGCCGGCGGCCAUGGCGCCCACCUCGCCGGCGCCGGCCGCGGCGCCCUCCUCCUCGCGCUCGUCGUCGUCUCUGCCGCCGCCUUCCUCCCCGUAGCCGAAUCGUCCUGCCCGCGAGACAAUUCGCUUGUGAAAGAUGUUAGCAAAAUGUACCAAAGCAACUAUGGAAGGGAAGGGUUCUCACAUAUAACCAUUGCUGGUGCCCUAGCUCAUGGAAUGAAGGAGGUGGAAGUGUGGCUUCAGACAUUUGGACCAGGGCAAAGGACGCCGAUCCACAGGCACUCGUGCGAGGAAGUUUUUGUCGUCUUGAAAGGGAAAGGGACACUCUUGCUGGGGUCAAGCUCAAUGAAGUAUCCAGGGCAGCCUCAGGAGAUUCCCGUCUUUCAGAAUAGCACAUUCUCUGUUCCUGUAAAUGAUCCGCACCAGGUUUGGAAUUCUGAUGAACAUGAGGAUUUGCAGGUGCUUGUGAUCAUUUCGCGCCCACCUGUCAAGAUAUUUACAUAUGACGAUUGGAGUGUGCCUCAUACAGCAGCAAAACUGAAGUUCCCCUACUUCUGGGAUGAGGACUGCUUACCAGCACCGAAGGAUGAACUCUAGUUUCUAAACCGGCUAUUGCAGUGUAUCAUCUUCAUUCAAGAUACUGCUGGAUUGCGGUCGAUACUUGCUGUAACUCUUUUCCCUUCUCUCUAAUGUGCAGUUCUAAAAUGUGUUCUCUUGCUUAAUGUCAGGACUUAUGUACUUAGAGCUUUUGCAGUAAGGACCACUGUAAGUGUAAACUAGUUACAUAAUAACGCUUCACUAAUCCAGACAUUAUCUGUGUAUAUAAAUAAAUGCCUACACAGCUGGUUUCUUGUUGAUUAA